CUCGUAUUCGGCAAGGAAAUUCCCGGAGGAGUGUUGCGCGUCGGUUUUUCAAGCGGCGUCGGCGUCCGUCUUUUCCUUUAUAAAAUGUGUCAAGCCUAGAAAAGAAGAUGGAUAGUGGGUUGUUAUCUCUGAAGUGGAACAACCAUGGAUCUACGUUUUUCCAUGUCUUGUCAACUAUAAGGAGAAAGGAGUCCUAUUGUGAUGUGACGCUGGCCUGCGAUGGCAAAUUCUAUCCUGUGCAUAAACUGGUUCUAUCUACAUGUAGUGAAUAUUUUGAGGAAAUCUUUAAUAGAACUCAGUGCAAACAUCCUGUGAUAGUGCUAAAAGAUAUAAAACAUGAAGAGCUUGAAGCUCUGCUUAAUUAUAUGUACCUAGGCGAAGUGAAUGUUUUACAAGCAGAUUUAGCUGGACUAAUAAAAGCUGCUGAGUGUUUAAGAAUUAAAGGACUGGCUGUGCCAGAUGAAGCCCCAACAUCUAAAAGUGCAACUAAAGACAGUAAAAGGAGUGCGAGCUCCAGAGACAGUAGUCCACCACACAACAAAAGAGUGCGACACGAUGAAGAGAGUCGAAGGACGUCCAUUUCUGGUCAGAACCUGGAAGAUCCCAGGAGCCUUAGAGAACCCACUUCUAGAGAGUCAAGAGAUUUAGCACGUCCAAAUACAGGGAGGCUUGCGUCUCCAUCUUCCGGUGAAGGAUUUGCCAAUUCCGCUUUCACCCAGUCUGGUCAUAAUCAAGAAAAUAAUAGAGACAGCAGAGGUCCCACGCCCGAUGCUGAAAGACAGAAGGAGUCAAGACAAAAAGAAGUGCCACAAACUUCAUCCCCUAGUCAUGUAGAGGUGCUUGUACAGGAUGAACCAGUAGUCAAAACAGAAGUGUUAGAGGAACCUAAGGCAGAAGAGGAAAAUGAAGAGGAUGUCAUGAACUCUGAUAACAGUAUGGCAUAUGACCAACUGGCAUCAGGCAUGCAAGGUGACGGGGUAUCAGAAAGUCAACAAAGUUUCGAUCCUCAAGUUUUGACGUCACAGCCACAAACUAUGGAAGAGCUGGUUGCGCAAGCCAUGCCAGGGACUUCUGGUAUACAGGGGGACUCCAUGGUUGGGUGGGGUGCAGGUCAGGCUGGAGGAGGUGGGGGUGACCUGUCUAGGUUUUCCCUUGAGGCAUUCCAGCUCGAAGAUUCCCAGAGUGGCUCGCAGGGGUCAACGCAGCAACAGAUGGGUGGUGGAAGCAAGUCAGCAGUGUGGGCGAGAGCCUUGUCUGGUCAGUCCCUCGGAGCAAGCCACCAGUGCACCUUCUGCCCAAAACGAUUCUUUCUGCGAUCUGACUUGACGAGGCACCUGCGCACCCACACAGGGGAGAAACCCUUCAAGUGCCCAUACUGUGAGCACAGUACAGCCAUCAAAUACAACCUUAAGAAGCAUCUCAUCAGCCGUCACAGUGUGGUCGAACAAGGCAUUAAACUGGAGGCGAUCCAAGGGAGGCAACUUGCAAACGAUCCAUCUGCAAGUUGUGGCCAAAGUUUCUCCUGGAGUGGAGCAACAGCCACACCAGUGUCUUCCAUCCUUUCUCUUCUGCAGCGAGAAACAACAUUCUCAUCAAUAAGUGGAAGGAAUGUUCUCGAGUCUGGAGAUAUAUCACCUCAGUGGAAUAACAGAAAGAUGUCUGUUAGUAACAGUCCUGGAAAUAACUCUUUGAAGGAACAAAGCAAUAGUAUACUUGAGAGUUUGUCUCUGGGGUAUUCUGCCAAAGAGACCUGUGAGGUGGCUGCUUCCCAAGCAUGGAGCAAUAUUAUGAACUCACAGCUCAGUUCGUUCAACCCAUCGCAAGAUCUCAAUACCCAGACAGAGUCUGCCCCUAAUAUGUGUUCAACAGAAGCCAGUCCUGAAAAUAAUACUGGCCAGUCUUGGAAUACAUCCAGGAUAAAUGAGUUUCCAGUUUUCCAACAGAUAGCUGAAGUUGAAAACUCAACCCCAAGUUCAUCAGAUAGAUUCCCUGCAACCAGCAACACUGAUAUGGAGAUGUCCCAAGCUUGGAACAUUGCAGGGCAACAGAUGCCAACAGGACAAGAAGAGCAGGAAACAGUGAAUGUUCCAAAUGAAAACAAAGAGUCCACCACACCACAGCCACUUACAGAAGCAAAGUAAUAACUAUUUAGGACAAGUAUGAAAGAAUAUUUAGUUACGUAGAAAUGAGUUGGUUCACUGGUUGAAGUACUGUUUAUUGUUAGCUCAUUUGCAGUACCAUGUCAACUUUUCUCAUUAUUAGACUUUCUCAGUCACAUAUUUCUGUAGGAAUGCUUAACAUUAUUAUCACAUAGCCAAGUAGUGACUAAACAAAGCAAUUAAUUACUUGGGUUGAAUAUUCUGAAUUCCUGUGAAUGUGAUAAUAGAAAUGCUGAUGUUAGUGUCUUAUAUCCAGAAAUCAUUCUGCCAUUAUGUUUGCUUUAUUGUAACAGGCGACCCUUUCCACCAGUGGGAAUGAACACAACUGUCAUUGUAGGUGAAUACAUGUGAUAGACACUAGAGAAAAUCAAUUAUAUAGAUAUACUAGUAGAUAUUGUAGUUUAUAAGAAAAAGUCAAAGCUUUUUGCUAAUUGUCUUCUACUACACGGCACCUCUCCUGUAGAUUUAUGAGAUAAGAAAGAUAUUCCAAAAUCUUAUGUUAACAUUCCUUUGACAAUAUUUUAGUUGUGUCUGUGUUGCUGUAUAUUUGUCCAGUAAUCACAUUAGUCAAGGCAUACUACUCACGAUUAAACUUUUGUAUUGGCAAUAACCACUAAUAUGAAGCACUAACUUGUAUUUGUUUGGACUAAUAUUUUUGAUCCAUCAGAUUUAGUAGGAUGGGUUGAAAUUAAUCACAGAUGUACAUAAGGAAGAGGAAGUGUAUCUCUUUCUGCUAAAUGAGAGGCCUUUGCUUCAGAUGCAGUUUUGGGUUACCCUCUACCAUUACAUUUUGAUGACUGUCCGUUUAUUAAUGUGCUAACUAGAGGCACAAAAACAUAUGAUCUCUGUAUAAUUAUAAUUUAUUUUUAGAUAAAAAGUUCCCACAGUUGGGCUUAAUUUAGUGAAGCUUAGUGUAUCUGGUUUAAUCAUGACUCAUGAUAAGCUAGGUUGAAAAUUAUAAGGAGUUUUCCUUUGCACAAGAUGUAGAGUUUUAGCUUGUAGAGUUUUGUGGUUAAAUAACACAGUGAAUUUUUUUUAAGGGAAUUAACAUACCUGAUUAUUUAACAUGAUUAUUUUUGAGUGACACUUGGGUUUGUGAAACAGAUGAUACAUUGAGUGGGUUGAUGUCCUUGGUAAAAGAUCACAAGUUUGUUAGAGGAAAAUAGACCAUGCCACCACAAACAUCUUACUUGAAAUGUUAGAUACACAUAAAUGAAAACAGUAUUUCUAUUUAAUAGGAGUGUUGAAAUGAUACAUUCAAAUCGGUAACAACACAGUUGAUAGUAUACAGGCAACGUGCAGAACACUACUUGAUGUCUCUUGAUAGGUAAUGUGGUACAUUCUCCUUAUUGCUGUAUGUUAGCCUCCUUUGCUAAUUGUUAAUUAGGGUUUCUAAUGGAAAUGUAAUCCACAAGACAGAGAUUGCAUUUCAGUUCUUGGUUUCUUGCUGGUCCAUCAGUGUGCAGAUAAUGACAGAUGACAUUUGCAUUUCUCAUGGUUUUAUGUACAUCAGAUUGUUUACUUACUCUGUUAUUAACAUUGCAAUCAGACAUAUAAGUACACAUACUAAAAUAGAUGAAAUGGAGAAAGAAAAAAGAAAAAUAGGGGGUAUGGAACUUUUUUCUUUUUUAGAUGUGUAUGAAUUAGCAAAGGGGCCUUUUCUAGGCUGUGCCAAAGAUAACAGUGUUACAUAAAUUAACAUUAUAAUGAAUAUGAUGGCCAUAUCACAAGUUAACUUUACAGUUUGAAGAAUGUUGUGUGAAUCUCAUUACAGAAAGGAAGGAUAGAUCUGUUUAUGGUGUACAUAAAUUUUGAUAAUUAUUUAUUGUCGUUUUUUAGUUCUCUUUGUUUUAUUUUUUAUUACUAAAAGUAAUUUCUAGGGGUUUUGAGGCAUCUUUCACAUUUGGAACAUAAUGUGUACAGGUUACUUAACUUUAAGGGUUGUGUGUAAUAAAAGUGCUGAUGAACAUUAAAAUUUAUGCAUUCAUAGCAAAUAUGCAACAUGUAUUCUUAAGGUCAAUUAAAUAAUUUACUG